ACGAAAACGCAAUGUCACACUAGAAUUGCCGUGGAAAACAAAGGAUACAUGGAAAAAUGGAGUCACUCCUCCAAUUCCACCCCAAUUCCAUCUCCUCCAUUCCUCACCACCAUUCCCAUUUCAAACCAAAACACCAUCACCCCCUUUUCCACUUUCCCAUCAAAAACUCCAAAACCCAUUUCCCCCUCCAUUCCAUCACCCAAACCAAAACCCAUUCCAUUCUCCCACUCCCAAUUUCCACCCCACAACAAAGCCCCAUCAUCGUCUCUUACUCUUCUCUCAUCUCCGUUUUCUCCAAAUCCAACCGUGAACCCCACGCCAUUUUCCUCUUCCUUCACAUGAUAACCGCUUCACCUCUUCGCCCAAAUGGUUACACUUACGUUGCGGUUUUAACCGCUUGCACUCGAAUCUUAUACCUCCAAUUCGGUCUCCAGUUACAUGCUGCGGUUGUUAAAACUGGGUAUUUGGAUUCAGUUUUUGUCUCCAACGCGCUCAUGUCGUUUUAUUUGAAAUGUGGGUUUUAUCAAACUGCUUUUAAGGUGUUUGAUGAAAUGGGUGAGAGGGAUAUUGUGUCCUGGAACACUGUAAUUUCUUGUGCUGUUAAUGGACUCAUGUAUGACACCGCGUUUCUGUUGUUUCGCGACAUGCUGGUGAUAACAGAUUCUUUGAAAGUUGAUUAUUUUACACUGUCGACGGUUUUGACUGCUUGUGCUAUGACAACUGGUUUGGUGAUGGAAGGGAAGCAAGUGCAUGCGAUUGCUGUUAAGGUUGGGUUGGAGACUGAACUGAAUGUUGGGAAUGCUCUUAUUGGGUUUUAUAUGAAUUGUGGAAGUCUUGAUGGGGUUGUUUGUUUGUUUCAGAGGAUGGGUGUUAGAGAUGUUAUAACUUGGACGGAGAUGGUGAGGGCUUAUAUGGAGUUUGGUUAUGUGGAUUUGGGUUUGAAGAUUUUUGAUGAAAUGCCGGAAAGGAAUUGUGUGACUUAUAAUGCUGUUUUGUCUGGGUUUUGUCGAAAUGGUGAGGGUUUAAAGGCUAUGGAGUUGUUUGUUAGAAUGGUGGAGGAGGGCAUGGAGUUAACGGAUUUCUCUUUGAGUGGUGGGAUUAAUGCGUGUAGUUUGCUUGCUGAUUAUGGGGUUUGCAAGCAGAUGCAUGGAUUUGCAAUCAAGUUUGGAUUUGGAUCAAAUGUUUGUGUUGAAGGGGCUUUGCUUGAAAUGUACACAAGGUGUGGGAGAAUGGUAGAUGCUAAGAAGAUGUUUAGCAUGUGGGAAGAAUUGGAGAAAGAUAGCUCUGUUGUUUGGACUUCUAUGAUGUGUGGCUUUGCUCGAAACGGGAAACCGAAGGAGGCGAUUUCUCUUUACCAUCUUGGUCAUUCUAAAGGGAAAUUGAUUAUGGAUGAAGUUGUACUAUCUACGAUGCUUGGUCUUUGUGGAACCGUUGGCUAUCAUGAUAUGGGUAAGCAAAUCCAUUGUCAAGUUCUUAAAUUUGGCUUUCAUUCUGAAGUGAAAGUUGGAAAUGCUGUUGUUAGUAUGUAUUUUAAAUGCGGGAAUGUAGAUGAUGCAAUUAAGAUGUCCAGUCGCAUGUCCUCUACCGAUAUAGUUUCAUGGAAUAUUUUGAUUUCUGGGUAUGUUAUGCACAGGCAGGGCGAUAAAGCAUUAGAAAUAUGGUUGAAAAUGCGGGAAGAGGGCAUAACCCCUGAUGAAGUUACCUUCAUUUUGAUAAUUUCAGCCUAUAGGCAAACUAACUUGAAUUUGGUUGAUGACUGCCGUAGUUUGUUUGAUUCAAUGAGAACUGUUUAUCACAUUGAGCCAACAUCUCAACAUUAUGCAUCCUUCAUCAGUGUUUUGGGUCACUGGGGUCUCUUGGAAGAGGCGCUGGAAACUAUCAAUAAAAUGCCUUUUAAGCCUUCUGCUUUUGUUUGGCGUGCUUUGCUCGAUGGUUGCAGACUCCAUAAGAAUACAAUGAUUGAAAAAUGGACUGUCAAGAAUAUUCUUGCCCUGGAACCCAAAGAUCCAUCUACUUAUAUACUUGUUUCAAAUUUGUAUUCAUCUUCUGGGAGAUGGGAUUGCUCCGAGAUGACUAGGGAAAAUAUGAGAAAAAAGGGAUUUCACAAAUACCCGGCUCAAAGUUGGAUUAUCUGUCAGAAGAAAAUGCAUUCAUUCUAUGCAAGAGAUAGGUCUCAUCCGCAAGACAAAGACAUAUAUAGUGGGUUGGAGAUUCUAAUCUUUGAGUGCCUAAAAAUGGGAUAUGAACCUGACACGCGCUUUGUUCUUCACGAAGUGGAGGAGCACCAAAAGAAAAAAUUUCUAUUCCAUCACAGUUCAAAACUAGCCGCAACUUAUGGAAUAUUGAUGACAAAGCCAGGGAAGCCCAUCCGGAUUGUAAAGAACAUCCUUCUUUGUGGGGACUGCCAUACAUUCAUGAAAUAUGUAUCAAUUGUCACUAAGAGGGACAUUUUUCUCAGAGAUUCUUCAGGAUUUCACUGUUUCUCUAAUGGCCAGUGCUCGUGUAAAGACCAAUGGUGAGACACAGGUAAAGCUGGCUUAUCUAACUGGUCAUUCUCAUUUGUAUUAAUGAUAUAGUUGAUUAUAGGCAAUAUUUUUUUUGUAUAAAUUAUUUUUUUGGAUAUUGCUGUGAAAUUGAUGGCACCAAGUAAGAAAAGACACGCGCUCCUUUUAUAUGCUUACUUAAAAGAUUUAGAGAUUAGUUCGUUUUUACGUUUAUCAUUUUUAUUGUGAAGUUUAUAUCUUCCGAAUUAGUUUCUGCAAUGAAAUUGUAGUACCUCCGUCUUUUUUUAAGCACUAUUUUUUGAAGGAUGCUUAUAAAAAGGGACGGAGGUUGUAUUUGUUUCCAUAUACACAAGAAUGAAGCAGCUACUUUCCUUUAGAAGCAUGACUAAUAUGAUAAUAGAUAUCAUGAAAAGUCAGACAGGUCUCUAUGAAGAAGCAUUUUCAAAAACAAAUUAUAUUCCAUCUUAUUUAUUGUACAGUCCAACAAAAGAGCCUAAAAAGCAUCAUGCAAGAAACCUUAUCAUGUUUGUGAAUGUCCUAAAUCAUUUCAACACUUAGACAUCAUCAUCAUGAUUGCCUCAAUUGAUGUCUAUCAUGUAGUGACAACCACUCUCCCAUUUUAUGUAGCUAUGUUACUAGCUUAAGUUUGUGUUAAAUGGUGGAAACUUUGUACACCUGAUCAAUGUGUGAGCAUAAAUAAACGUGUAGCAAAUUUUGAAAUUCCGUUGAUCAUUUCAAUUUAUAUCCUUCAGCAACAUUUACAAUACAAGUCUUAAAUUCAUAUAUGUAGAUUGUGUUCAUAUUUUUUUUCUUUCUUUUUUAGUAUUAAUUGUAGUCUCUCAGCUAAUUGCAUUUAUUAAGAUUAUUUAGUGAUAUAUUAGAGGAGGUUUGAAAUGGAUAGUAACUGAUUUUUCAUGAUCAACACUUCCUAAUACUUUGAACCUUGGAACUCCACUCAUGAAGGCUAUGUAUGAAGAUGAAUCUGAUUUUCUACUACCUGGUAUAAUUUGCCUUUGUUACUAUAUGAGCUUGCAGAAAAUUGUUGAUUAUUUGCAUCUACAACUUUAGUACUACUUACUUCAGUAGCUGGUGAAUUAUUAUAGGGCAGUUGUUUGUUAGGGGAGCUGUUCCAUUGGUGAAAAUAAACAUAAUCACUUCUAUUUUAUUUAGUUUAGGUUUCAAUUGUUAAAUGGAUUAUCUAACCAUCAAUGCAUUGAGUAGAUGGAGAGAAAUAUUUUGAAUGACUAUUGUUCAUGUUGUAUGUCUUUUAGUUCGUUACUACAUAAUUAAAAUCUGAAUUUGAAGUAAGAUUGUGGAUAUAGUUUGAGUCUAGAGAAGGAGAGAGCAGGAGAUAAGAUAAUGAGUGUAGUUGCAACUAGUGAAGGUUGGAAGAUAAUAAGAACGAGUCCUAGCGCCUUUUAUGGUCUAUAUGUAAUAUACAAGGGGUGAUCUUCAACCAACACAAACAGUAACUGUAGAGGAACAAGUUGCUAAGGCCCUAUAUAUUCUAACACAAUGUUUGAAAUUGAGAGAUUCGAUUCUGGUUCUGACGCCCCGGCGAGGCUACUAGUUGUCAUUUUCAUCAUUUGCUUUGACACUAGAGUUUGCAAGAUGGAGACAAUGAUCAACGCAUUAUCACUCAAUCAGGAGUCAGAAUCUGCCAGAACUAGUGAGCAGUUGAUACUAGAGCUUGCAAGAUGUAGACAAUGCUCAAGAUGUCACUUCUACUUUGAUACAAAGCUGAAGUUGAAGGGAUAAAAUCUGCAUUUUUGAUCAUCGCUAAUAAUUUUUGAGAGAAUACUGUAUCUCAUAAGUCAUGAUGAUUAUUUUAAAGAGUGUUGCAGCUUAUGAGAGAGCUAGCUUAAAACUCCAAUUUUGAAAGGAGUUUGGAAAUUUUUAUAAGAAUUGCAACUUUGCAAAUGCAGAGUUACAUUUUCACUCAGGUAUAUGCUUAUCUUCUUGAAUUUCUUUGCUGACCUAGAACAAAGAGACAUACCUGUUGAUGAUAACCAUUGUUAUUUGGCUCGGUGUUGUUAUCUAAUGUUAUAGAAAUCUAAUGUUGAUGAUAACCAUAUAUGAGAUGGAUGAAAUGGUUUAAUGCAAAAGGUAUAGAAAUCUAA